GGAGUUUGCGCUCUUUAUUUUCUUUCUCUUGCAAGUUUCUGCGAUCCCCAAAUUUUCUUUUCAACGAUUGCUUCUAUUACACAGCACUUUGAGCACUUACUCUGCUUCUUUGCACUCUGUUUUUUAAACUUUUUGCUUCUAUUUGCUUAUACCGUCUUUGAGCUUUUCUUCUUCUCUAAUACCUCUUUAAUCUGACACCUUAUCAAACACUGUCUUUCAAAAUGGAGUCUGCUUAUGUUAUCACUCGUGAGCAGCACCUCUUCUUUGAAGAGAAUGGCUACUUGGUCAUCACAAAUGCUCUCAAUGAACAAGAGAUUGAAAAUCACAAAUUCUGGGCUCAAACUGCACAUGAUCUUCCACGAGUCAAAGAGGCUUGCGAUUACCUUCAAUACGAUGAGAUCAACAAGAAUGGAGAACGUGUGCUGUGUAGAGUUGAGAACUUCACAACUGCUGUUCCAGGCUUCAACUCACUUCUACGUGGCAUGAAACUUGUGAGCAUUGUUAGCCAAUUGGCAAAUGGCCACAUGGUUCUUUUUAAAGACAAGUUGAACUACAAGUUUGCUGGCUCUGGUGGAUUUGCUGCACAUGUUGACCGUGCUGGCUAUGGUGCCUUCAGUAACCUCAAACACUUGUCUAUUGCCAUCGCAAUUGACCCAGCCAACCAAAAGAACGGCGGUAUGGAGGUGGUUUCUGGUAGCCACAAGAUGAAAAUUCCAAUCGGCGCUGACAAGACUCUUGAAAAGAGUUGGGUCGAGGCUCAAGAAUGGAUCCCAGUUAACCUUGAAGCUGGUGAUAUCCUCAUCUUCGGAACCUCUUUUGCUCAUAGGAGUGGACCCAACAACAGCACCGAUGAUCGUCGAGUUCUCUAUGCUACCUACAAUCGUGCAGUCGAUGGCGACAACCACGACGCGUAUUACCUUGAGCGUGCCAAGAGAUAUCCAUCCACUCACCACCGAAUCCCCGGCGUCAACUAUAUCAAUGGUUCAAAGGAUUAUGCGUAUGGUACACCAAUGCUUACUAUCGAAGGAUUGGUUGAGCCAGCAGUUACAAAGGAGAAAGACGGCGAGAAGGAAUCUUCUGACUGAUGUACCGAUGGGUAAAGAUGAAGCAUGGAGUAUGAUAAUGAAGACUUAUGAUGGCAUCAAAGGGCGUUAUUAUGGAUGGUGGACCUGACUUCAAUUUCCAUAGUUACUUGCAUAGAUCCUAAGGUUGUUCUAGCCAGCGUUUUCGUGUUCCCACUAGGGUAUGCUGGUUCUUUAAACCUGGCCGGAGUGAUAAUAACACAAGGUCAAUAACUAAGAACUUUCUCACA